AUGCCAAUUUCUUCUUCAUUUUUAUCAAUUUCUUUCUUUUUUCCACUUGUCACAAUUUCUUUCUUUCUUUCUUUCUUUCUUUCUUUCUUCAUUUUUAUCAAUUUCUUUCUUUUUUCCAUUUGUCUCAUUUUCUUUCUUUCUUUCUUUCUUUCUUUCUCCUCUUCAUUUUUAUCAAUUUCUUUCUUUUUUCCAUUUGUCUUUCUUUCUUUCUUUCUUUCUUUUUCCGCCUCUUCAUUUUUAACAAUUUCUUUCUUUUUUCCAUUUGUCUUUCUUUCUUUCUUUCUUUCUUUCUUUCUUUUCUUUCUUUCUUUCUUUCUUUCUCCUCUUCAUUUUUAUCAAUUUCUUUCUUUUUUCCAUUUGUCUCAUUUUCUUUCUUUCUUUCUUUCUUUCUUUCUUUCUUUCUUUCUUUCUUCAUUUUUAUCAAUUUCUUCUUUUUUCAAUUUCUUUCUUUCUUUCUUUCUUUCCUUCUUUCUUUCUUUCUUUCUUUCUUUCUUCUUUUUCAUUUAUCUCAAUCUCCCAUUCAUUUUCUGUUUAUAUCUAUCUAGCUAUCUAUCUAUCUAUUCUUCAUUUCUUUCUUUCUUUCUUUCUUAG